AUGUUCCAAUUCCGCUCUUUCUCAGUUUCGGCGUUCUUCAGGUACUCCAAGGGCAAGAAAACAACGUCUGCCAGCAAGAAAGUAGCAACGUCUACCGAUAAAAAACUAACAACGUCUGCUGGCAAGAAAGCAAUAACGUCUAUCGUCGCCAGGAAAGCAACACUAUCUGGUCCCGUCGGGGAGAUUAAAAAAAAGUCCGCAAAUCACCCACUACUAAAACCCUUUUUUGCAGCCUUCCCGAACUUCGUCCGCGACACGGAAAAGCCACCCGAAACAGACUUUCGUCGCCUCCAAGAAGCAGAGAAAUGGGAAAACUCAAGUGAUGAAUACAAAGCGGCCCGGAGAACGUUCCUCAAGACGCUUGUGGACGAAACAAAGUCUCCUGUUCACAGAUAUUUCUUCAAGCACCACAAAGAUUUCAUUGAAUACGAUAGCGACGGCUCACCAAGAUACCAGCUCGACAGGUUGAGGACGUUGAAGGGCUGGGAUGAGGCAGACACUCUGGCGGCCUUCCAUAAGUUUCAGCAAGCUUUCGAGCUGGAGUUCAAGGGGGAGGUGGACCUGUUCUUUGCGCAGUAUCCGGACGUUCCCUAUAACCCUAGGGGAAAUCCAAUGGCAGAAUUCAAACGCUUGACAGAGCACAAGGGGUGGGAUCUCAAAGAUAUCAAUUGUUUCGGUUACGGUAUUGAGGAGAAAAACACUCCUGAGCUCAGAAUCGAAUGCGAAGCAGCACAGACCGAGUUUUUUCUUGCAUUUAGAGACGAGUUUGAAAUAACGUUUGGCGCCGACGAUGAAGAUGUUGGAACAUGGCAGAAUCUCUGUCUCUUGUUGGGAGUUGACCCCAUCCCGGGAAGCAUGUUGUUGUGUCGAAGGAGACUAGCACCGCUGAACGUCAAUAUUUACGACUUGCUUCACUAUAUGCGAACAGGAAAGCCCUUCACCUUUUUCCUGGAUUUGCAAGCCCUGAGAGAUUAUACCAUAGAGAAUGAGUUGUUUUUUCCUCGCGAUAUGGCAAAAAGAGGGCCAUUGAAGUUCCUGCUACGGGAAAUACUAGUCAUUAGGCGGCGCCGUAAGCCCCGUAAGUACCGGCAAGAGGCCCCUAAGGAAGGCAAUCCUGUUAGACGUAUACUUUAG